AUGCUAUUGGGAGAUUGGAUGCUGGUGAAUCCCAUUCAUCAGUUGGAAGAAAUUUUACCAGAGUACUAUCUCGAGAUGGAUAAUCCAGAUAGAAAUCCUGGGACAUCUCUUGAUGAAGACAUAGAAAAACUGUUUGAAAUCCCUGAAUAUCAGAGAUUCCCCUUCUCUGCAACAGCAACAAGCCCUUCAGAGCUCUCUCACUUGACUUCAAAGCAACAUGAAGAGAGAAUACCUGUACAUGAUGAGGAUGUUGUUUGGAACCUGACUUUGGAUCAGAAGAAUGUCCUCAUGGGUCCUGUCUCACACAUCUGCACCAUGACCACACUGAAGGGGACAGCUUUUUGGCUGGAAUUGUGGCAUGUGUGA